GCUGUAGGAGGGCUGCUGCACCGAGGACGCUCUCUCUCUCUCUCUCUCUCUCUCUCUCUCUCUGCUGUAGAAGUGAAGCGGACUGAAGCUCAGCUCCACAUUUGAAACCUCACAUCUGACGGGGAUACACUCACCCAGGAGAGGAGAGCUUUGCAGGAGCGCUGCGUAAAGACGCGCGUAAAGAACUAAACUAAGCGGACUGUGAACUACGGGUGCAGGUUUUGAUCAGCCUCUAUCAAUCCCUCGCCACAUUGGAUCUUUCCCAACAUUUUCACAGCGAAAAUAUGACUUUUUUUGUACACUCGUGAAUCCACUUCUUCGCUCCGUGUUUGGUUUUAUCUCCCUCUAUGGAUUUAGCCCUCUAAACGGCCCGGCUGUAGUGGACUUUGCCCAGGGGGAUCGCAGCUCCUUCCACCGGUCACCAGGAGAGCCCGGCAGCUGUCGUUCAUGCUCCUGGGGGCUGUUUUUGAUGGAUUUAUAAGCUCGCUUUUCAGCCGGAUACACAACAGCCGAGAGGCGCGCACAGACUGCUUUUUGGGAAAGGCGAUAACAUAACUCCAAAUGAGGAUUUCAAUAUUCAGUUGUAUCGCCCGGGACAAGGAGUGAUUUCCCCCCGGUACCACUCAUUUCUGCGCGGACAGACCCGGAGGAAAGGAUCCAGAUUUAGAGACUUUCUCGAAUUUCCAAUGCCAGGGACCGGAGUUUGAAGCCAACUCCAGGCUUCCAACAAAUACAUCUACCUUUUCAAACUAGAAGAAACACGUGAAGAAGAUGGCGAGGGUCUGCACGUUCUGCGUUUUUCUGCUCUGUUUGAUGGAAACAGUCUCAUCCAGGGCCAUCGACGAAGGAAGGACUAGAGAACUGCGGGUUUCCAGGCCUCUGAUUACACCAGGUUACCCAGAAAAUACGACAGCUGUGGUGGGUGGUCAGGCAAAGCUGGUGUGUAAAGUCCACCGGCCGGUGACCACCAAGGUGCAGUGGCUGAAGAUGGAGGUCAGCGAGAGUGGACCGCCUUCCCUCAAGGCUCUGACGCCUUUGCAGAGCAAUGCGUCCAAGGUGAACACUUUGCAUCUGUCCAACAUCACUCUGGAGGAUGCAGGGGAGUACCUCUGCCUUGCCGAGGGAACCCACGCAGGACAGACAGUGAAGGCCAUGCAGGCGGCGUGGCUGGGGGUCCUGCCCGGUAUCAUCUUUUCAAGAACUGAGGACUUGACUGCUGCUGAAAUCCCAUCAGAUGUUCUCGAGGACCUGAGUGAGGACACCACAGAGCAUCUUCUGAUCGAGCCGGGAAACGUCCUGAAGCUCCGCUGCGACGCGAGCACCCGGCCCGGCAUGGCGGUCCACUGGUACAAGGAGGGUCGGGUCCCGCCCACGCCUCGCUGCCAGAUCCGCGGCGCCAUCAUGGAGAUCACAGACGUGACCUAUGAGGACUCUGGCGUUUACGUGUGUGUUCUCCGGGGAACCAAAGAGCCCGUGAGGAACUUCACCAUCACUGUGGCAGACUCUUUGGGCUCAGGGGACGACGAUGAGGACAACGAUCUGGAGGACUCAUCAGCUGAACUCGAAGACGACCAGGUUUACAUCUCAAGAGGUCCCUAUUGGACCCACACCCAGCGCAUGGAGAAGAAGCUGUAUGCUGUUCCUGCUGGAAACACGGUGAAGUUUCGUUGCCCGGCCAUGGGAAGCCCCUUGCCGAACAUCCGCUGGCUCAAAAACGGACGGGAGUUCAGGGGAGAGCAUCGCAUCGGGGGCAUCAAGCUGAGACACCAGCACUGGAGCCUUGUGAUGGAGAGUGUGGUGCCUUCUGACAGAGGAAACUACACCUGCAUGGUGGACAACAGAUAUGGCUCCAUCACUCACAGCUACGUCCUCGAUGUCCUCGAGCGUUCCCCACACAGACCUAUCCUGCAGGCCGGUCUGCCAGCCAACACCACAGCGGUGGUGGGCAGCGACGUCCAGUUCCACUGCAAAGUCUACAGCGACGCCCAGCCUCACAUUCAGUGGCUCAAACACAUAGAAAGGAACGGCAGCCGCUACGGUUCUGAUGGGACGCCCUACGUUCGAGUCCUCAAGACUGGCAGUCUGAACAUGUCAGAGGUGGAGGUGCUCUACCUGUCUAAAGUAACCAUGGAGGAUGCAGGAGAAUACACUUGUCUGGCCGGAAAUUCAAUUGGAUUUGCUCACCAGUCCGCCUGGCUCGUCGUCCUCUCAGAGGAGGAAGCAGCAGACGCUAUGGACACCAUGGAGACCAAGUACACGGACAUCAUCAUCUACGCCUGUGGUUUCCUGGCUCUGAUCAUGGCCAUCGUCAUUGUGGUGUUGUGUCGAAUGCAGGUGAACCCCAGAAGGGAGCCGUUUGAUGCCCUACCGGUCCAGAAGCUCUCCAAGUUUCCUCUUCGCAGACAGUACUCGGUGGACUCUAACUCAUCAGGGAAGUCCAGUGCAUCGCUGAUGAGGGUGGCUCGUCUCUCGUCCAGCUGCUCUCCAAUGCUAGCUGGAGUCAUGGAGUUUGAAUUGCCCUACGACCCCGUCUGGGAGUUCCCCAGAGAGAAUUUAACAUUGGGUAAACCUCUAGGAGAAGGCUGCUUCGGUCAGGUGGUCAGAGCCGAUGCUUACGGCAUCAACAAGGACUCUCCGGAUCCCGCCUCAACUGUGGCAGUUAAGAUGCUCAAAGACGACGCCACCGACAAAGAUCUUGCGGACCUGAUCUCGGAGAUGGAGCUAAUGAAGGUGAUGGACAAACACAAGAACAUCAUCAACCUGCUCGGAGUCUGCACCCAGGAUGGCCCUCUGUAUGUGCUGGUGGAGUACGCCUCAAAAGGCAGUCUGAGGGAGUACCUGCGGGCCCGGAGACCCCCAGGCAUGGACUACACCUUUGAUGUGACCAAGGUGCCUGAAGAGCAGCUCACCUUCAAAGACCUGCUGUCCUGCGCCUACCAGGUGGCCAGAGGGAUGGAGUACCUGGCUUCAAAAAGGUGCAUCCACAGAGAUCUGGCAGCCAGAAAUGUUCUAGUGACGGAGGACAACGUGAUGAAGAUCGCUGACUUCGGCCUGGCCAGAGGAGUCCACCAGAUUGACUACUACAAGAAAACCACCAACGGACGGCUACCGGUGAAAUGGAUGGCACCAGAGGCUUUGUUUGACAGAGUUUACACACACCAGAGCGACGUGUGGUCUUUCGGCGUACUAAUGUGGGAGAUCUUCACGCUAGGCGGCUCUCCAUACCCCGGUAUCCCUGUCGAGGAGCUCUUCAAGCUGCUGAAGGAAGGACAUCGCAUGGACAAACCCUCCAACUGCACACACGAACUCUACAUGAUGAUGCGUGAGUGCUGGCAUGCUGUUCCCACCCAGAGGCCGACCUUCAAACAGCUGGUGGAGGAGCUGGACAAAGUGCUGCUGUCCAUAUCUGACGAGUACUUGGACCUGUCGACGCCCUUCGAGCAGUACUCCCCAUCGUGCGAGGACACGUCCAGCUCCUGCUCCUCCGACAACGACUCUGUUUUUACCCAUGAUGCCUUGUCCACCGACCCCUGCCUCCUGGGCUACCAAGACGUGCGCUCCCGGAUAGAUAUGAAGAAAACGCUCACAUAAACUCACAAACUGAAGGCACCCACACACACACACACACACACACACAAAGACAUGAGAUACACAUCCCCUGGCGGCCAGAUUGGAGGUCCUCAGCUAAGUUAAGUUAAAGUUUAUAUUCAUGAAGUUUUCCUUGGACCUCCAUUAGGGCACCAGAUUCAGCCUUUAGAUAUGAACGAGCCUUAUCACACAUAAAAAAACAUGUAUGCACGUGGAGCACUGAUGCCGGUGGUCUUCAUUACAUGAUGAAGGAAAAUAUUUCAGUGUGGGCAAAGAGGAAAAGAAAAUUGUGGACUAUCAGCUCUGGCACUGUGCACACGAACAGUUGACAACAUUGAAAAACUGCGGCACUAAACACCACAGAAGAAGAGCCGCGAAAUGCUUUCUUUGAUCAACUUUCCCUCAGAGAGGUGACGGACAAUGACCUCCUCACACAACCCAAAACCAGGCGAGAAACCUCGGUGGUAAAGACAUUUUUAUCAAACAUAAAAAGAUUUAUUUUGCUACGGUAAAAAAAGAAGUGAUUGUUAAAUAUAAAUCUCUCUAUAUCAGAUUAUUUUACUUUUGUGUUGCUUAUUUAAAAAGAAAAAAACAGUCUUAAAUCUCAGGAUCUCUCGUGCUAAGAAGUUGCUGUAGCGGCAGCAUAGUGCCUGACUUUACGAUUUCCUGUGAAUAUAUUAGAAUAUUAAAAUAUUGUAUGUAAAUAUCAACAGCAGAAAAAAAGACGAUUGCCUUUUAUAAAUUAUUUUGAUGACACUAAAAAUGAAGGUUAUUGGAGGGCGAAAGGAGAGAGGAAUUAUAAUCAAGUGCCAAACCAGUCUCCGCUGUCUUCAUGUUCAAGUUUCAUUCCAAAAUGUUCAUUCAGAGAGAACUUUUUCACCCAAGUAUCCCAUGCAUUUUUACGCUGUGAAAGAUUGGUUUGCAUCAACAACUUUUGCAAACAUUAAAAAAAAACGAACAUUUUUUGACCAAAACUUCGACAGCUCAAAUGUGGUCAAAACUGAUGGAUUUAAAGGAUGGUUAAAGUUUUGGAAUGAAACCCUUUCUUUGUCAUUGUGCAGUAAAUUGUUUUUGACUUAGUGGUCGAAUACCAGAAGGACUGUCAUUUCAUGUUGCUGUUGUUGGAGGAAAAACCACCAAAAAUGUCUUCAGUUUUUAAGAGUUCUCCGAGGUCAUCAACAUCAUCGAACAAUCAAAUGAGACAUCAUCACGUGGUCUUCCUCCAACAACAGCUCCCAUUGUCAGAGACAGUGUGUCCAGGGUGGGACUCGACCCUGAAAGGACGACUGACGAUUCAGCCCAAGCCCACUGUCACUGCCUAGAGAG